AAGUCAUUCGUUUCCAACGACCCAACAUCGACUGAAAUCACCAUGAGUGGAAGGGGCAAGGGAGGCAAAGGACUCGGUAAAGGAGGCGCUAAGCGUCACCGUAAAGUUCUCCGUGAUAACAUCCAGGGAAUCACCAAACCCGCCAUCCGCCGUCUGGCUCGCCGCGGCGGAGUGAAGCGGAUCUCCGGUCUGAUCUACGAGGAGACCCGCGGGGUGCUGAAGGUCUUCCUGGAGAACGUGAUCCGGGACGCCGUCACCUACACCGAGCACGCCAAGAGGAAGACGGUGACCGCCAUGGAUGUGGUCUACGCUCUGAAGAGGCAGGGCCGCACCCUGUACGGCUUCGGAGGAUAAACCUGAUCCUGAAAAUUUAACAACACAACGGCUCUUUUAAGAGCCACC